UGAGCCUGGCGGAGAGGAAUGUAAACAGCUAGCAUCAUGCCCGUCCACCAGCCAACGUCAGCGCACAGCACACACCCGCACCUGCUGUUGGUCUGACAGGACCUAAAUCUUCCGUCCCUGCAGCUCUGCCAGCGAAGACGCCAUCUUGGGCCGAGCAGACGGACUUCGUGUUUUUCUUGAUAUUUCCUGCCUUUAAUUAUUUUUUUAAUUCAUGACGAGGACGUGAUCCCCCCUGGAAGCUGUGCGUCAUGUUCAGUCUCAGAUAGAGUUUUUUUUGUGAAACCUUCAGCAGGUGGUGGACACGCUGACAGAUAAGUAACUGUCUCCUAAGUGUCCCGGCGGCCAUGUUGGAGCUGCUGCCUGCCACCUCCUCUGCCUCGCCACCAUCUUAAAUUAGCCUUUUGACCACACGGCCUGACGCUGGGGACGUGUUUCCCUAAUGAAGGCCUCAGUUUCUUGAUUUGUUUUUUUUCUACACAUCUUGUUUGUGUACAUAAGGAGCCUGUGUUCGUCCUGUCAAACCGCGGAACCUCGUUUUUUUUGUUAGUGUCCAGCGAUCAGCUCAUCAUGGCGGAGUCCAGCUCAGAGCAAUCAGCUGCCACUGACCUGCUGAUCGAACGCAGCAAAGAUGAGCCGACCGUCAGCACGGAAAGUUUCUCCAAAGAACUGAUUGUAACCAUGACGACAGAGGGGUCUGACCUCGGAGCACCAAGCAGCAACGGCGGCGCCCACCGACCCCUUCCUGCUAAAAUUCAGAAGAAAGAAGACGAAGAGGGGGAGGAAGAGGAGGCCACACCCACGCCGCCGGAGUCGUCACUAAGUCUGUCGUCUGAAAACGGGACACUUACUGCCGUCACCACAGAAGAAGAAGCUCUGUCAGCUCUGCUCAGACACAUUAAGACUGAAGGAGGGCCGGACAGAGGAGGAGAUCCAGGUCUGGACCUGGACCUGGAGGAAAGCUCCUCGGUGGUGACAGCAGGCGGCUCAGACGACCAGCGGGAGUCCACCAACUCGGCGUCGUUUUCCAUCCCCAGUCUGGAGCUGUCAGAUGGGGUCACGGCCACAGGAAACUCCCUGGACGUGGAGGACGGCCUGUCCUCGUCCUACUCGGCUCUGGGUGUGGAGGGCGGCUCUCCGGCCACCGAGGUCCCCAGUCUGAAGGAGGACGAGGCGCUGGAAGCUGCUGGGGGCGCUGUUGUUGCAGCAGUUGCUCCACCACCUCCUUCUGCUGCUGCUGCUCCUCCAGCUGCCGCCGCCGCCGCUGCCGCUGCUGCUGCUGCUGCUGCCGCCCCAGAGCCCGGACCCUCCAUGCCGGCGUAUUACCUGGUGAAGUGGAUCACCUGGAAGGAGAAGAAGACUCCCAUCAUCACGCAGAGUGAGAACGGACCCUGCCCCCUGCUGGCCAUCAUGAACACACUCUUCCUGCGCUGGAAGGCGAAGCUUCCUGCUCAGACUGAAGUUGUUACUACUGAGGACCUGAUGGCUCACCUGGGAGAGUGUGUGUUGUCUGUUACACCCAGAGAGAAGACCGACGGCAUGGAGCUCAACUUCCAGCAGAACAUGAGCGAUGCCAUGGCCGUCCUCCCGAAGCUUUCCACCGGCCUCGACGUCAACGUUCGCUUCACUGGAGUCACCGACUUUGAAUACACGCCAGAGUGCAUCGUGUUCGACCUGCUGGACAUCCCGCUGUACCACGGCUGGCUGGUCGACCCUCAGAGUCCAGAGAUGGUGGCCGCUGUGGGGAAACUGAGUUACAACCAGCUGGUGGAGAAAAUCAUUGACUAUAAACACUCUGCAGACAGCAGCCGAGUCGGUGAAGGUCUGGUGGCGGAGCAGUUUCUGGAGUCGACAGCGACUCAGUUGUCGUAUCACGGUCUGUGUGAGCUCAACACAACGGCCAAAGAAGGAGAGAUCUCCGUGUUCUUCAGAAACAACCACUUCAGUACCAUGAUCAAACACAAGGGUCACCUGUACCUGCUGGUGACGGACCAGGGCUUCCUGCAGGAGGAGGGUUUGGUCUGGGAGUCUCUUCAUAACGUCGAGGGAGACGGAAACUUCUGCGACUCCGACUUCAGACUGUGUCAUCCUCCUCAGAGAGCCCCGCCCACCUCCCACCUGCCGCCCAGCGCUCAGGAGCAGCAGAGGCAGAUCGACCAGGACUACCUGGUGGCAGUUUCCCUGCAGCAGCAGCAGGGCGGCGCCCCCGGACCCCUCAGUGACCUGGAAUUGGCCCGACAGCUCCAGCAGGAGGAAUACCAGCAACAGCAGCAACUCCAGCAACAGCAGCAACAGCAGCAACAGGGAUCAAUGCAGGCAGCACAGCAGGUCAGAGGUCAGGGGUCACAGCAAGCCAGGAGGAGAGACAAGGACUCAGACUGUGUCCUCCUAUAGACUCUUCAUCAUCAUCAUCUUCAUCGUUAUCAUCAUUACUGUCUGUAACUCCGUUAACCUCCCUGAGUCCAGUGUGUCUGCAGCGGGGAGGUCUCUCUCUCACACACACACACACACACACACACACACACACACACACACACACACACACACACACACACAGAGUGAGCUCAAUGCCAAACCCCAGUGCUUUUAUCCAGCAGGUCACGGUUGGUUUUGUGUCAGAUUCCAGUCUGUAAAUUUGUAAGAAAUAAUCGUGGAGUCUGGUGGAACUCACGGGUAACGCUGUCGAAUAAAUCUGCCUUUACGAAGGACUCGACGUCUAUUCAUCGUCAAUAAACUCAUGAACUGACGCCUCUAAUCUCAGUCAUUAACCUUUAAAUGAGAAGAACUUCGGGUUGCCAACAGUCAAAACUGCAGCAGAGCUACGAUUUCACAAACUGAAACAAACAAAAUCUGAAACAAAAUCUGUCAAAUUUUGGACGGUCGGACAAACGAGACAAGACACCUGAAGACGUCACCUGAGAAUCCACACGCUUACUCCUUCAUCUCACUUCAAUUUCCAGGUUUUUUCACAUACGUUAUGGACCGGACAAAAUAUUAAGAACAUUCUUCAGUAUAGAAAGUAGAAUAGUCAUCUUUCUAAAAACAAACAAAAAAAAACCUGGAAAUUCAGAAGCUUCAUGAAAGAGUCGAGCGCUGUUGAGAGCAUUUACACUUUUGUCCAAAGCACUAGUUUCUGUGCUGCUGUGUUGAAUUCCUUUGUGUACUUCAGAGCAAGUCAGUUAGUUUUACUACAAUUACGGAGUCUGCAGGGACCAGAAAACCGUUUUGGGUACAAUACUGCCUCUUACGUUUUCAUUAUGAGCAAGACAUAAAAUCUCAGCGUUAAAUUUUGUUUGUAGAGGCGUUGUUUUGGUGCAAGUCGACCUUCUGAACUCCAAGCAGAUUCUUUACACAUGUUUCCUCUCUGUGGGCUCAUUUUCCACUGCAACAGAAAGUCCUGCAGCUCUGUGGAAACAGAACAACCAGGACUAGAAGUAGAGAGAACUUAAAAUGUCUAACGCACAGUAUGACAAACUAAUAAUGCAACAAAUCACAGAAAAGGAAAACGCCACAUUGCAUUUCUUUGAUUAUUUAUUGUGCAAUGUCAACACUGGAAAAAAUGUCGACUCUACGUGAUGCAGAUAGUUUACGGCUUAGUUUGAUUUGUUUUUGUACUUGUGCUUUGUCUAAACACUGCCUGCAGUUCAGCCGAGAAGUCCCUGAAUUUUAGUCACUGGUUGCUUCUUAGCAAAAUUAUUUGUUUUUGUUUUUUUUUUUUUUUAGAUUUUGGCACGAGUGUGUUUUUGUGUAGGAUAAAUCCAACAAAACGGUGCGUCACACAUGAUAAGUGCAACUGAAAAUGCCUCGAUUUUUCAUAUUUCUACACUUUCCGGUGUCAUUUCUGCAAUAUUUGGGGUUCAGAGGGUUGAAGGAUAAUUCAGAUUUAUUCCAACCUGCUGUUUUUCCCAUGAACAUGGAUAUGAUGAAUAUUCAGGGAGACGGUGGACAUCGGGGCACAAGUUUUUUGUUUUCAACCUCUCAGUAAAAACAUAGAUGUAGUAGACCUAACCACAAAUCUAUUAAUUUGCAGAAUUAUUCUUCAGCAUCUCACAACUUCUUUCAGCUCUUUAACAUCAGAAACGCCGCUGAGCUGAAGGUGACGUCUUCACAUGUCUCGUUUUGUUCAAUUAAAAGUAUUCAGUUCAGGGUGACCAAUGACCAGCAGCAGGUUUACAGAUAUUUGCCAACUUAAUGACUGCUUGCCAAUGACUUCUUUCUUGACUGACUGGGGAUCAUUUCCCUCUCUCUCUUUUUUUUAUUUCUUAUUAAAUUGAUUCAAGAAUCAGCUGUUAAAUGUGAGCCAAAGACUUCCACAUACAGUGACCGAGCAGUUCUUAUUAAUGACCUUUAGCUGUUCAUGAGCCUGUUGGGACCUGAGGGACACACACUUGUUGCAUCAGGUUUUAACAGGCUCUAGGGUUUAUUGACCAUUAAUAAAGACAAGCCUUUAUAAAACACAGAUUUACUGGAAAGCGGCACCGUAAAACGAUGAAGGGAAACUGUUGGAAAACCUGAAUCUGUGAUCUGUGUUUUACUGACUUUAACUGACGGGAUCAGUUUCACCAGAAGACGCUCGAAAAAAUUAAAACGUUUCUGUCACUUUCACGGGAAGCUCCUGAGUGGAAACUUGAAUUCAGACGGACAUUACGAGUCAUUCUGGAGGAGAAAUCUGCUAAAAUAACAAAAACAUAAAGGUCAUAUCUACUGAGUUUGUUACACUACGUCUUCUGGUGAAACUGAUCCAACAAUCGCUUUUAAUGCAGACUGAAGUUGAACUGGAAACCAGGAAGUGGGCAGAGACUGCUGGAGUUACCCGACUCAAAACUCCUUUUAGAUUUCCACAGAUCUUUGUUUCCCAGCAGAUUAAUGCAGAAAAUGAACUCUGAAGGUUUUAAAACUCUUAUUUAUUAUUUCACAGCUUCGUCUCAUACAUGCAGAAGGUUACUGAUCGCAAAGUCUAGUUUGGCAGAGUUGAAGGAAAGGUCUUGUUUAAACCGAAACCUUUAACAUUUUAAUUCGUCUUUAUCUCCCCUCUGCUUUACACAUCCUGCAGUUCAGCCGAAAACUCUGAAUUUUUGUCCCGUAACCGAGUCACUGAUGGCUUCACGGUGGCACCCAGGAGCAGAUUUUUCUUCUUUGUGCUGAAUCUGAUCAGAGCAAAUGGUUAAUUUCUAUUGAAUUUAUAAAUGAGACAUGUUGAUAAAACUGAUUUUUGAUGUAGUGGCACAAUUUUAAGCAUAGAUUUGAUUAAGUGAGUAGUUCAAGGACUCAUGGGAAGUUCCAAAAAAACAAUGAUUCAUUCAGAUUUUACCGUUUUGGGUUGAUUGUGUAAUUUUGGUGAGAAAUAACACAAGGUUUGGGGGUUUAGAGGAUUUUUAUUUUUUAAGAAACCUUCUGGAACUUGUGAGAAAGUUUUGCAGCUGUGAAAUAAAACAUGAAGCUUUGAUCAGCAGCAAGAAGCCAAAUGGUCUAAAAUAGUUAAAGGAUUCCUUUGUGAAAACUGAUAACUUGAGGGUGAAAAACCAUUAAAACUGUCUACUCUGGUAGUUUAAUCGUAGCAACUGGACUUGCUUGAGUUCCUUGAAGACGUUCCACCUUCAUCCAAGAGGCUUCAUCAGUUCUGAAUGACUAGUUGCGAGUUCCACAUACUUCUAUCCUAAAGGAGCCAUUAACACCUGAGUUUCAGUUUCAACUGGGGGUUUGUUGCUCUUCCCCCCUCGUUAUGUGAGUCGUUAGCGCUCCCCACUGCCACAAAGGGGUUCGUUUGGGUCUUUUGUGGCUAAGUGUGAAUGUAGUUUCAUCUUCCUAUCCUUAGGACUGAAUUCAGAGAGGUGAAACGUCUUCGAGGAACUCAAGCAAGUACUACGAUUAAUCUACCAGAAUAACCACGACCUGGAUGACUGAGAGUCUUCACAGACAUUAACACUGUCAGAACUCAGAGUGACGAUGCGUUCACUGACUGCUAUGAGUUCUCAUUGAUCAUCUUUACACGGAAAACAUGUGGACACCUGUUUUUCUUCAUUGAUCCAUAAACCAGAGUUUCUGUCAUUAGGAAACCUGAAGCUGCCUGGAAAAUAAAAAAAAAAAACUACAGACGUCAUAAGAGACAUAAAAUAAUAACAAUAGACAUAAUUUCGGUCCUUUCUUAUCCUGAAUAAACAGACAAUAAUUGUGUUUCUGUUUUAAAUAAUUUAUUUUAUUUAUGACUUCAUAUCCCAUCAUUUGAACACAUGAGUUAAAGUUUUGACUUUUAAUCAAUUUUUCUUUUAAUUGAUCAACAUAGUUAUAAUUUUUAAUAAUUAUUUAUGACUUAAUUAUUAUUUUUUUAAAAUUGCAAAUUAAUCAUAAUUUAGUCUUUUAUCUUUGAUUUAAGAUCUCAUAAGUUUGAUUUAAGUCAGACACGUAACUCAUUUCAGAUUUAUGAGUCCAACACUCUGAAUUUUGUAUUUAUGGCUUCAGUGGAUCAAAAUGUUAAAUCUGAAAGUCUAAAUAUAAACUUAGAAUCAUAACUGUGAUUUCAAGUCAGUAUUUAGCCUGUGUACUAUUUUUAAUCUGCUGUGGAAACAAACAGAAAUCUAAAACCCCGGAUGGAGUUUCAUGAGACAAAUCAAACUACGUUGUGAUUCUCAGACGGUUUUAACUGUUUCAACUUUGUGUUCGUCUCGAUUUUCUUCUUCUUCGAUCAGAAACGAGAGUUUUUGAGGCGAGUGGAAAACAUGAACCCAGUAACUCUUAACCUGUUUUAAACGAGUGUCUCUACAGCCACGGUGAGGUGAAUUAAACCGCUAACGUCUCAGAGUACAAACUGUGUCAAAGCAGUUUCACAUGAAAACAUUCAGCCCUUAACUUCUCCAUCACGAGUGUUUCAGGCGUCGCCACUUAUUUGCAUCAUCGUCAGGUGUUUUUUUUAAAAAGGUUUUUCUUCAGUGUGACCGAAGGACUGCUGCCAUGCUCUGUUCAAGCUUUGUAUUUAAUUUGUCAUCCUGUCAUAUUGUCAAUAAAAACAGAAUCUCACUUCUG